CUCCCACCUCCCAGCCCCCUGCCCUGUCCCCAGGCUCUCAUGCCCCCCAGCUUCCCCCCCUGCUGCGCUUUACCCCGGCAGCCGCUGGCUGACCAAUGAGGGAAGUGCUGCAGUGAGGGUUGAGCGUGGUGCUCAGAGCCAGGAAUAGCUCCCGUGCCCCCCGCGGCCUGGCUCAGCACAAACUAUUCCCACCAUUCCUGGCGGGCAGGGGGCACCGUCCGGGCAGCACAUCCCGGGGCUGGGCUCUGAGCUGUGCAGAGCCAGCAGCUCCUGAGAUCAUCCCUCAAACUAGCCAAAAGCAUCACCUGCCGCCCAGCCCAGCCAAGGGGAUCAGAGACGCUGCCCCAUUCUCACGUAGGGCACCAUGGAGCUGGCCCCCGUCACACAGAAAUAACCCCAGGUUUGGGGGGCUCUGGCUGGGGGGAGUGACGUGAGGUCAGGUGUGGGAAUGGAACAAGGUGCCCUCCUGCCCAGACUGCUGGGGGCUCCCAGCACAGGUUGCUGGGGCAGCCUGGCCAGUGAGGGCCACUCUUCCCAGAUGGGGGAGGCGCCAAGGCCCUCACCUCACAGAGCCCCCAGUGUGCCCCAGCCUGCCCAGGAGCAGGGCAGCCCCCAGCCCCUCUGCGUGCCCGAGCAAGGGAGGGCGCACGGCACCAGGCCCAGGCCCCAGGCUCGUUAAGCCUUGCCAGGCACUGGGUGAAGGUGACCCCAUGACAGCGGGACUGAGAAUACAGCCGGGUGAGCUCAUGACAAAGGCUCCCGGGUCACGUGGGCUGGGCAUCUGUCGGUUCCCUUGGGCCCUGGGGCGGAGGAGCAGCACUGCAUAAAGCGCCGGAGCCGGCAGAGCCCCCCGCAGCAGCAUGAGCUCGGACGGGGCCCCAGGCAGCUCCGUGGCACAACCAGCAGCCCUGCCCGGGAGAGGAGCCGCUGGGCGCACACCCAGGGUGUGAGGGGGUCAUGGAGGAGGCACCCAUGGAGCAGAGCGUGAAGUGGGCAACGGAGCUGAUUGACCAGAAGCUGGAGGAGCAGGAGGUGAGACCCUGGCGGCUCAAGAGCCAGGCCCCCAAGAUGCCGCCAGCGGUGGCGAGAAUGGACACGCCAGAGCUGGAGGACGAGAAGCGCCGCGGCCCCAUUCGCCGGGGCAUCGAGGGGCUCAAGGCCCAGGGGCGCGAGAGGAAAAGCUCGCUGGACCUGCGCCGGGAGAUCAUCCACGUGGGCGGCAUCCAGUACCUCUUUGAGCUGCGCAAGACGCGUCGGAAGGGCAGGGAGGAGAAGGCAGCGCCGGAGCCCGAGCCCGAGCCAGAGCCUGAGGAGAUCGUGGGCCCCGUGGAGGAGGAGGCGUUCCUGAGGGCAGCUGUGCAGGGCAAUAUCCGGGUUAUUGAGAAGUUCCUGGGGGACGGGGGAUCCCCUGACACCUGUGACGAGUUCCACCGGACAGCCCUGCACCGUGCCUCGCUGGAAGGGCACAUGGAGAUCCUGGAGAGGCUGCUGGACCAUGGCGCCACCGUGGAUUUCCAAGACCGGCUGGACUGCACGGCCGUGCACUGGGCCUGCCGGGGGGGGCACCUGGACGCCGUGAAGCUGCUGCAAGACCGAGGCGCUGACCUCAACCUGAAAGAUAAGCUCCUGAGCACCCCCCUGCAUGUGGCGACCCGAACUGGGCAGACUGACAUUGUGGAGCACCUGAUCAACACAGGGGUGGAUGUCAACUCCCAGGACAGAGAGGGGGACAGCGCGCUGCAUGAUGCCGUGCGGCUCAACCGCUACAAGAUCAUUAAGAUGCUGAUCCUGUACGGGGCGGACAUGAUGGCCCAGAACCUGGCAGGAAAGACCCCCACAGAUCUGGUGCAGCUCUGGCAGGCAGACACCCGGCAGGCGCUGGAGACACAGGAGCCUGGCGAGACGGAGGCCCCGGCGUGAGGGGUGGGCGGAAGGGCCCUGGGCUAGGGAACGGGACCCAUUGCAUGACUCCCAGCUGCGUGAAUCUCAGAAUAAAACCCAGUGAACAAGA